UACUUGACGUCAGUUCCCCUAUUGGCAGAGAAGGAAACAAACAUGGCGACAGAGUGGAGCAGACCGGGACGGACUCUGACUUUCUUGGUGUUUUUGUGGAUCUUUUCGGGCCGGGAGGCCGAAGCCGCGGCGGCACCGCCACGGGACGAACCCCGGAUAAUCGGUAUGAGGCUGGAGAGGAGCGACAGGCCGGCCGAGACCACCGACGCGGGGGACAUUCAGGUGACCGAGGGCAGCCAGAUCUCCCUCCGGUUCUACGGGUUCCACUUGUUGCCGAACAGCUCCGAACUCAUUAAGUUCGGCGAACUGGACGAAGAGGAUGAAAGCACUGACACGGCCUCGGUUCCGUUCAAUAGAACUUGUCCCGAACACACUAAGGACAUCAUAGUGAGCGGGCUCAUGCAGGUAAGUAACCUGAACACGUCCGGGGUUCUGGCCAUCAGAAUCAAGGAGCUCCGGAAGAGCGAGGUGCUGAAGACGUUCGGCCUGUGCGUCCUGGACACGCGGCAGCAGAAGUGGUUCCUGCUGGACGAGCGGGACGGGCGCCUGCGCGUGGUGGAGGAGGCCAAGUCGCUGCUGCCCAUCUGGCUGCAGGUCAUCCUCAUCUCGCUGCUGCUGGUUCUGUCCGGCAUGUUCAGCGGGCUGAACCUGGGCCUGAUGGCGCUGGACCCCAUGGAGCUGCGCAUCGUGCAGAGCUGCGGCACCGACAAGGAGAAGCGCUACGCGCGCAAGAUCGAGCCCAUCCGCCGGAAGGGCAACUACCUGCUGUGCUCGCUGCUGCUGGGCAACGUGCUGGUCAACACCACGCUCACCAUCCUGCUGGACGACCUGAUCGGAUCCGGGCUGGGCGCCGUGGUCGCCUCCACCAUCGGCAUCGUCAUCUUCGGGGAGAUCGUCCCGCAGGCGCUGUGCUCCCGCCACGGGCUGGCCGUGGGCGCCAACACCAUCCUGCUCACCAAGCUCUUCAUGCUGCUGACCUUCCCGCUGUCCUGGCCCAUCAGCAAGCUGCUGGACUGCGUGCUGGGCCAGGAGAUCGGAACCGUGUACAACCGGGAGAAGCUGGUGGAGAUGCUGAAGGUGACGGAGCCCUACAACGACCUGGUCAAGGAGGAGCUCAACAUGAUCCAGGGCGCGCUGGAGCUGCGGACCAAGACCGUGGAGGACGUCAUGACGCCGCUGAACGAUUGCUUCAUGAUCCACAGCGACGCCGUGCUGGACUUCAACACCAUGUCCGAGAUCAUGGAGAGCGGCUACACCCGGAUCCCGGUGUACGAGGGCGAGCGCUCCAACAUCGUGGACAUCCUCUACGUCAAGGACCUGGCCUUCGUGGACCCGGACGACUGCACCACCCUGAAGACCAUCACCAAGUUCUACAACCACCCGGUCCACUUCGUCUUCCACGACACCAAGCUGGACUCCAUGCUGGAGGAGUUCAAGAAAGGAAAGUCUCACCUGGCCAUCGUCCAGAAGGUGAACAACGAGGGGGAAGGAGACCCGUUCUACGAAGUUCUGGGGUUGGUCACCCUGGAAGACGUCAUCGAGGAGAUCAUUAAAUCUGAGAUUCUGGAUGAAUCCGACCUCUACACCGACAACCGCAGCAGGAAAAAAGUGGCGCCCAAUAAAAACAAGAGAGACUUUUCCGCCUUCAAACACGAAAGCGAGUCCAAGGUGAAGAUCUCCCCUCAGCUGCUGCUGGCCGCUCAUCGCUUCCUGGCUACAGAGGUCAGCCUGUUUGUCCAGACUCAGAUCUCCGACAAAGUUCUGCUGAGAAUCCUGCGCCACCCGGAUGUGAUCCAGGAGAUCAAGUUCAACGAGAGCGACAAGCGCUCGCUCCAUCACUACAUCUACCAGAAGGGCAAACCCGUCGACUACUUCAUCCUCAUUCUGCAGGGUCGGGUGGAGGUGGAGGCCGGAAACGAGAACAUGAAGUUUGAGAGCGGACCGUUUUCGUAUUAUGGCGUCAUGGCGCUCAGCGGUCCCACGCUGGAGUUCCGUUCUCCGUCUCACCUCAGCGGGCUGAACCGGACCGCCUCUCUGAGCGGCGCCGACCGGACCGAGUCUCUGUCGGUGAGCGGCAGCAACAGUCAGCUGAACAACAGCCUGUCGCUGCAGCAGUACACGCCCGACUUCAACGUGCGAGCGCUGUCGGACCUGCAGUUCGUCAAGAUCACGCGGGCUCAGUACCAGAACGGCCUGAUGGCGUCCCGUCUGGACAGCACGCCGCAGUCCCCCGAGAACGACCACAACGCCACGCGGCUGGAGCAGACCACUCCCCCCGGCUCCGCCGCCAUCACAGACCUGGCGGGGGACUCGGCCCCGCUGGAGAACGGGCCGGACGAGACCACGCUGCUGCUCCUGAACGAGCAGAAACCGCCGCACGCCGCCAACCACCACAACCAGGUGGAGAGCAUCUGACCCGGGGGGCCGCCACGACCCUCGCCGCUCCCGCACACGUGCACCACGGCGCCCCCUCGUGGGCUACAGGGGGGGGUGACAUGUAACCGUGCAGCGCAGCCCGACACGGAUGAGCCAAAACACGGAAACGCCCCUGACCCUCCAGCUUGGUUUGAGAGGGCGCCAGCAAAGAUCCUUUACGGUUUCUAGGAAACGGUAGCAUCACUCCGCACAAUUUCUGUGUCCUGCUGCUGUCGGUGAACCGCAGAUCUGCUGUUUGUUCAGCAGCUCGGGCGGUUCUAUCCUCCAUGAUUCUAUUGAAACACAUUCUAUCAUGAAUAAUUCUGCUAUUCAGAAUUCUAUUCUAUGUAAUUCUAUCCUUCAUGAUUCUAUUGUUUAUGAUUCUAUCAAGAAGAAUUCUAUCACAUAAAGUUCUACCCUUCACAGUUUUAUUCCACAUAAUUCUAUUGUUUGUAGUUCUAUCAAUAAGAAUUCUAUCAUGUGUGAUUCUAUUCUUCAUAGAUCUAUCCUGUCAUCAGAACAGAAACUGUUUUUGUGUUUUGGCUCACCUGUGACCCCCCCCCAUAGACCCUCUUCCGUGUUGGCUCCAUUUCAGAGACUCAGGGACGACCCCCCCUCCAAGUGGGGGGGUCAGGACAAUCGGGAUUCUGUUGAUCCGUCUUUAAGGACUCACUCCUGGGGAGUUACGGCCCGCCAGACGUUCACUUUCACCUCAGAUCUCCAAAGACAAUCAUGGCUGUUGGAAUGUUUUCACACUACGUUUCCCAGAAUGCAAAGCUGCAUCUGCUGUGUGUUUUCUCUCAGAUCAAUCAGACGCUGAAAGCAAAACUGAAAUCUGAGGGUCAGCUGCUGCGACCAAAGCGGGACUGCACCCCCCCUGAAAGAGGAACUCUUUCCUGCAGCCAACGGCGAACCACGAGGAGACGCGGCGCGUUCCGCUUUUCACGGGGUGGAAAUGCCGGAUUUCUAGUCAGUCAAAAGGUGUGAUCGCUUCGGCGUCACGGGGGGGGGCAGGAAUUUCUCUGGUUGUUGGUUUGAGUCCGCCGACGUCAGGCGUCACGCAACUCAUGAAAACACAAACAGGAAGAAGCUGCCUUAAAGCUCCGCCCCUUUUCCUGCUGCUUGGUUCAGGAGGUCAAACCUUCGUCUGAAUGUGGAGGAGCACAGAUCCUUUCUGAUCCGACAGAUGCUCACUGCGCUCGCUUUAACAGAACUUCUGAAUCAUGAAGUUUCUUUUAUUUCGGACUGUUUUUCUGCAGCUGCUCGCCAAAGAAUGACGCCGUCGAAUGUCUUCCUGUUGCCUCCAAGCUUCUUCUUUUUAACCAAACCAACAAUCUAGUUUAGUUUGAGGGGGAAAACGCGUCAGAGUGAGCGCUCUCACAGUCUCCGUUUAAACAAACAAAAUUAUUUAAGACUUAUUGGGAGCUGAAACUUGAAUUCGCAGGAUGUUCCUGCUGGUUCUGGUUCUGGUUCUGGUUCUGGAACCCUCUGCCUUCACCUUCAGGUGUGGUUCUUCCUGUCAGCUUUACCUGGAGAACACCUGCAGGUGAAGAAGAGUUCGCCGCGCUCUUCAUCCUUUAGAAGCACUUUAGAAGCAGAAGUCGCUCCGAGUCAGAAUGUUUGAACGCUCCUGAACGUGACGCUGCGUUUUCUGCUGCACUCGUGCUGCCUUCACUGCCCGUAAAUCCCAGUUCUGCUCUCUCCACGGUUCAUCCCUGGAUUAUUCCUGGAUCUGCUCCUCUCUGCAGCGCGGCGCUUUGGCUUGUCAUGGUUUGAAUUUGGGAACGUUUGGAGAAACGUGCGUCCUCUUUUGAUGCUUUAUUUAAGAGACGACAGACAAAGGCUGUAAAUAUUGUUUUAUAAUUUCUGUCUUAAUGAGUUUUGAAAUGAAGAAAGUUGUUAAUAAAGUUGAGAUAUUUUCUCUACGA